GGCCUGUGGCAUCGGGACGGAGGCGCGGGCCCUUUUCGAAGGACUUCCAAGUGCUGGGAGCACCGCGCACCGGCCUCGCCGGCAUCAUGGGCCGCAGGUUCUGCCUGUCUCUUGCGUUAACCGCUCUUCAAACGGUGGCUGCCGAUGAAGGGGCACCCCUUGUUCACCAGGAUUCCUGGGGAGAUUUUUGGCUGUUACGGUUUUUGGUCAAUGCUGCAGGCUAUGCAAGCAUCCUCGUGCCAGGUUUUUUGCUCAUACAGUAUUUUAAGAGGAAGAAUUACCUUGAAACAGGCCGUGGAAUUUGUUUCCCAGUAAUCAAAUCCUGUGUUUUUGGCAACAAUGAGGCCAAAUCAGUGCAUCAGGAUGAUGCCCUUUCAGCAGCUCGAAAUGAGACUGUAGAGUCAUCUACAGCCCGUCAGGUUUUUAAGCUGCUAUUCUGUGCAACUGGCUUACAGAUCUCCUAUUUGACAUGGGGUGUCCUCCAGGAGCGUGUCAUGACCAGGUCAUAUGGAGCAAGUGACUCAGAACCUGGAGAGAAGUUCAAAGAUUCUCAGUUCCUCGUCUUCAUGAACCGGAUCCUGGCCUGUACUGUGGCUGGCCUCUGUUGUGCUCUGAUCAAGCAGCCCCGUCAUGGCGCUCCCAUGUACAAGUAUUCUUUUGCUUCCCUCUCCAACAUUCUCAGCAGCUGGUGUCAAUACGAAGCUCUCAAGUAUAUUAGUUUCCCCACACAAGUGCUAGCCAAAGCCUCCAAGGUGAUUCCGGUCAUGCUGAUGGGCAAGUUGGUGUCACGCAAAAGCUACGAGUACUGGGAAUAUUUAACGGCAGCACUCAUUUCAGUAGGGGUUAGCAUGUUUUUGCUCUCUAGUGCUCACGACAAGCACGCCUCCACCGUCACUACCUUCUCUGGCGUGAUCCUCCUCAGUGGCUACAUUGCUUUUGACAGCUUCACUUCCAACUGGCAGGAUGCCCUCUUCACCCAUAAGAUGUCCUCAGUGCAAAUGAUGUUUGGGGUGAAUGUCUUUUCUUGCCUGUUCACCGUGGGUUCGCUGCUGGAGCAAGGUGCCUUGCUAGAAUCAAUAAACUUUAUGGCACGGCAUUCAGAGUUUGCUGCCCAUGCUGUGCUUUUGUCAGUGUGUUCCGCUUUUGGACAGCUGUUCAUUUUCUACACCAUCAACCAAUUUGGAGCUGCUGUCUUCACCAUUAUCAUGACUCUACGCCAAGCCUUUGCCAUCCUGCUUUCUUGUCUCAUCUAUGGCCAUGCAGUCACUGUGAUGGGUGGGCUGGGAGUAGCUGUGGUUUUCAUAGCCCUUUUCCUCCGUGUCUAUGCCCGCAGCCGCAUGAAGAAGCGAGCAAAAAAAGUACCUGCUGGCGAGGGCACAGUACAGAAGGUUUAGGAGCGGCAGGAAAAGCUGGGACCUCCCCACCAGAUCCCAAGCAUUUGCUUAAUCCUGGUCAUGAACUUUAAGUAAAGAGCUGGAAAAGAGGUGAAGCUUGAUUAAUUUUUCCCAGAUGUUUUUUUUCUUUUUGAAAAGAAUACUGGGUUGACUUGAAGGAAAUGAAGGAGUGCUUCUUCUGACUGUUAGCGUCUGAACAGUCUUCUCAAAACAAGUGGUACCACGAUCCUUUCCUCAGUGAACAGAUGGAGGUGAGCCUAAUAGGCUAACCCUGACUUGGGGUUUUAUAAGAGAUGGCUUAUUUAUGAUCAGGGCAAAGUGAAGCUGAUUUUGUACAGUUCCCAUCCUGCUGUCUGAAAGGGAAUAUCAAGAAUAAAACUUUGAAAAGUUCUAAUCAGAA